CUCUUCUAAUUUUUCAUGGCGCCCCCGGGUGGACUGUAAAGUGAAUUAUAGGCAACAACAAUAAGUGACAGUGACACAAGAAAUUGCAGUAUACAUAUGCAAACAUAUUCGUUGCCCGCGUCGUGUGUGUGUGCAAUCGGCAAUCAAUUUGUAAAAUAUCAUCGCGUCGGUCGCGCCAACAAUAAUUUUUGUGCAAAUUCUGCUACCGCCGAGGGAUGCCCUGCGAUAAAGACAGGAAAGUAGCAGUUGGAUUCAAAGAUCCAAAAGAGGAAUCAGAGGUUCGUCGGGCGCCGAAGAUAUCCCCAAGUCGUUCAUUGCGACAACGGGACGAACUUCGUCGAAGCGAGCCGCCAUCUCAGCUCUCUGCGGAUCAGGCUCAAGGAGCAAGGAGACGCAAUUCGCGACUUCGCGUCAAAGAACGGAUGCGAAUUUGCGUUCAUACCGCCGCUAGCUCCUCACAUGGGAGGGCUAUGGGAGGCAGGUGUAAAAACUGCCAAGAGCCUACUCCUACGGGCGGUAGGCAGCGCGCUCCUAACCGCCGAAGAGCUCGCCACAGUCCUCGUUGGCAUCGAGGCCAUAAUGAACUCGAGGCCAGCAGCAACCGAACCUCGAGGAAGGAGACCUAUUAAUUGCUGCCUGAGUUUGCUGGAAGGUUUACGGGAUGGACCAUCUGGUACAACACCUUUGCUACUCUAAUAGAAUCAGACUCUGAAUUGGAUGAGUUGUCUAAAUUUAUUCAUUUGAGAUCAUCGUUAGGAGCUGGACCGUUAAGUUCGAUUGAGGGUUUGGAAUUAUCAGGGCCUAAUUAUCGCAAGGCACUACGAUUAUUGAAAGAUCGCUAUGAAAUAAUUUUCAUAGGCAAUUAUUCUGCAAUCACAUGUACAGGAGCUAUUCAACUUAAAGUGGCUAAAAAGACCCGAUUCAGAGGUACUGAGAUUGUUGGUAGACAAUGAGAAUUCCCAAUCAGUAGGUCUCAAGUCGUUAACUGACGAUAAGGAGAUUCUGGAUGCAGUCAUUUUUCAUUUAAUUCGUACAAAGCUUGAUGAAGAUACAAUGGAUCGGUGGGAAGUUGACUGGGAUUGCCAGAAGUUAUCGUCGUGGUCAUUGUUAACGCAGUUUCUGAUAAACAGAGGAAUCAAUAUGGCAAAUAGGGAGGUUCGACGAGGCAAUGGGGCCCGACCCAGUGGUAGAGGUAAGAUUAAAAAUGCGACCUUAGCUGCAACAAUAGGCAGCAAUAGCUGCUACGUUUGUCCUGAUCAUCCAUUGCUUGAAAGGGUGUCAAAAGUUUAAAGAACCAUCACCAGUACAACCUUACCAUGAGGCGAAGAUGCAUUCGCUGUGCCUGAUUUGUUUUAGUAAGCGAAAUACAACUAGAAACUGUAAUGGUCCGCGAUAUAGGAUUUGCAGCAAGCCGCACCAUGAACUUCUGCAUCGAGAGAUACCCAUUGUUGCCAGUGAACCAUUGCUCAAAGGGCAGGGAGGGAGUUGGGAGUUGGCCGACCCUACAUUUCAGUCUGGGGAAGAUAUAGACAUGUUAGUGGGAGUCACAUUGUCUUUCAAGCUUAUUUUAGCAGGACAAAUCAAAAUAGGAGCACACCUUCCAAAGUUUCAAAAGUCUCUGUUAGGCUGGGUCGUCAUAAAAUUCAUAAAAUCAUCUGGAGUUGCAAGAUUGUUUUGUGACGCAUGUUAAGCAGGAGGCCUCAUGACAUUUAGUGGUAGCUCUGCCCUUCAAGAAUCCUAAUGUUGAGUUAGGCGAAACUUAUCAAAUCGCACUUACCAGGUUCCUGAAUUUAGAAAAGAGUUUGAAUCGUAGCCAAGCGCUGAAGGAUCAAUAUGUUCAAUUUAUUAAAGAAUAUCGCCAGUUGGGACAUUUAGAGGCAAUAGAGCGUGCCGGUCCAGAAAAAGUCGAAUACUUCAUGCCACAUCACCCGGUUAUUCGCCCAGAGAGUUUGACGACCAAAUUACGAGUCGUAUGGGGGGGUAUGAACCGUCGCGGCAGUGUUUAUGGGAUUUUGAAGUCCUCGAGGAUCGAGGUAUUUUAUGACGGUCGCCUGUGUUAUCAUGCAGAUGGUAUCACAUAUGGGUAAGCGGAUUGGCCUAAAAGUACGGGUAGGUCUAGAUGGAGUCAACAAUCCCGAGAAGGAGCUUGUGCACGAACAUUACCACA